GAGCUGCGACCCUUGUUCAACGCCGUUGGCGAAGCCAGGCUGUCCUAGGAAGCCGAGUGGGAGUGGCACGGAGCUGCUGGAGGUCCUGAGAACCUGAGUUUCGGCAAGCAGCCAGGUCUGGAAACUAAUAUUUUAAAAAUGACUACACCAAACAAGACACCUCCUGGUGCUGACCCCAAGCAGUUGGAAAGGACUGGAACAGUACGGGAAAUUGGGUCACAAGCUGUUUGGUCACUCUCAUCUUGCAAACCAGGAUUUGGAGUGGAUCAGUUACGAGAUGACAAUCUAGAAACUUAUUGGCAAUCAGAUGGUUCCCAGCCUCAUUUAGUGAACAUCCAAUUCAGAAGAAAAACAACAGUGAAGACAUUAUGUAUUUAUGCAGACUACAAAUCUGAUGAAAGCUAUACUCCAAGCAAGAUCUCAGUCAGAGUAGGAAAUAAUUUUCACAACCUUCAAGAAAUUCGGCCUAACUUGGCACCCCUGCCUUCAGAACUACCUGGUACUUCAAAUUUCAGAGGUAUUAGGGUACCAUGUACCUUGCUUCUUGUUGACCUCCUCCUCGCUGCCCUCUUCCCCACCGUCCCUUUCUACACAUCUCAGGGACUAAACAAAGUGGAGAAAGAGAAUAUCAACUUGAGUUGGUGGAACCAAGUGGCUGGAUUCAUGUUCCCUUAACUGACAAUCAUAAGAAGCCAACUCGUACAUUCAUGAUACAGAUUGCUGUUCUAGCCAAUCACCAAAAUGGAAGAGACACCCAUAUGAGACAAAUUAAAAUAUACACACCAGUAGAAGAGAGCUCCAUUGGUAAAUUUCCUAGAUGUACAACUAUAGAUUUCAUGAUGUAUCGUUCAAUAAGGUGACUUUAAAAUGAGAUGAAAAUCAUUAAACGUAUCUUUGUUUUAUCCUGUAUUUAAAUAAUAUAUCAGGUACCUUUAUUGAACAAGGCAUCCGUUAUAUGUAAUUUUGUAUAUGUUUAAAAAUAUUUUAUUGUAACUUUGACAAAUAAAUUUGGGGUCAUGUUAUCUUUAUUUUCUUUAACAUGUAAUAAAGCUCACAUAUUUUACAUUACUAAAAAUGGAUUUGAAGCCAAUCAUUUUAUUUUCCCUUAUAUCAAAAGAAAAGAGUUCCUUGUAUCAAAAGAAAAGAGUUGAACUGAAAAUUUCAGUAUAUACACAAUUAUAAUAGCUAGGUGAUUAUUUCAUUAGUGUUCAUACAUUAGAGUAAUGGUUUAUUGCAUAUUUGGGAACAAGACUAUGUUUUAUCAAUAUAUAUCAUCUUUAAUAGGUCAAAAUUACUAUUUUUUCUACCCAGAGGAAGGUUAUUCUUUUAAUACUGGAUCUUUUUAAAAACAGUGUCAAAUAAGCUUAGUGUUAGGUGUCUGAUGAGAACCAAUCUAAUAUGGGGAGUAUAAUUAAUUGUCUCAUAUUCACCUUCACGGAAUACUUACAGCCCUAGGGUUGUCUGUAUCCUAAUGAUAUUAUGUAAUGAUUGCCUGUAUAAUCUCCUGUACAUCUCAGUUCUAGCAGUACUUAUGGAAGAGUUAUUUUCAAAUUUGUGUCUGACAUUGUAGCAUUCCCUGGGCAGUCAUAUAUCCCAUAAAAUCGUAAAAGUAUGUGAAAUUUUUUAUAUAUAUUAAAAGAUUUUAAAGAAA